CGCGACCGCGUGUUUGUGUAAAAGUGGAUGGCCUAUGCCAAAAAGAUGAAUGAAAAUUGAUGUCGAAAGUUCUGCGUUUUGCUAAACCGAGUGUCUUACAGGAGACAGGUCUGUUGAGUGAUGCUAUUCGUGGGCGCAUAAGGCCAUACCUGCAAAAUUCAAAUGUUGAUGAUGAGGAACUGAUUAACCAAAUGCAAUUAGCUGUAUUGGCUGAGUCUGAAAGAAAGAAAAAGUUUGGACUCCAAAACAAAGCAUCCAAAGUAAAUGAAAUUUCAAUUGUGGAAAAAAAUCCCCAGAAACAAGCCAAAAUUUCAGAAAAUAAUGACAAAAUUUUGGCAGCUGUUGAGCAGAUCAAGUGUGGAGUGGCAGCUCUAAAAACUGAACUUGCAGAAAUGAAAACAGCAAAUUAUGGAAAAGAACAACAAAAAAGCAGCUUGUCUAAACCAACAUGUGAAUCUUGCAGGAAAACAGGCAAAACCGAUUGUGAUCAUUGCAGUUAUUGUGGUAGCCCUGACCAUAAUUUCCGUGGCUGUAGGAACAGGAAAUCGGGAAACGGAGGGAGGCUUCCGAGAAGGGGUGGUCGUUAGCCUCGAAAGUUGAACCCCAUUUUUUUGUAAUAACUGUCGUCCUCCAGAAAAUAAUAACAAGAAGUUUCCACAGUGUGGUGGCUGUCAGUCUGUUAGAUCUUGUAGUGUAGAAUGUCAGAAGAAACAAUGGCAUGAACAUAAAAUAUUGUGCCUAGCAAUUAAGGAGCUGGCUGAGAACUCAACAUUGUCUGAUAGGGGGCUUGGUGAUGGACAAGACCCAAAUAUUUUUCCUUGCCAUAUUACUCCAAAGGUUCAAGGUAGAAUUUCAAAGUUAGUUGGUAGCAGGUGUCAUGUGCAGUGCACA